AUCGAUGCAGCUAGCUAGCGUAGCGGGUAACAGGCUAGCCUACAGAGAGCUAGCUAGCGGGAGCAGUGCCCCUCGGCUCGUUAAAUCAUCGUAUCGCCGUUUCGGCAGUCACUUCAAAUGUCGUCGGUGUAGCUGAUAUAUUGUUGAUCCAUGUCUACAGUGUGAGGACGCGAGGGUGGAGGAUUCGAGGCAGUGUCUUUGAGGUGAAGUUGACUCUGUGGGGAAAGAUGUGCAAUGGAAUGAUAGAGCCAAUAUCGAAAGCCUUCUGGGCCCACACCUCAGCCACUGAGCGGUUCUUUUUGUUGCUGCUGAUACUGACUGCAGUGCCUACUGGGCAAGGAUCAGGAUGCGUGAGGCCUUAUAUGGUCCAGAACAGCUGGGUGAACCUCACAGAAUCCAACAGGGGCUCGUUCCCUGUGGGCACAGUGCUGCAGUACAGCUGUGACCCCGGUUACCUGCCCGACGGACCCAGCAUCCUCACCUGCUCCACACUGGGCCGCUGGACCUCUGAACCUCCUCAUUGCAUACGCAGUGGUGCCUGCUUGCCCCUCUCCAAACCUGAAAAUGGGGGCUACACUUGCCACCCAUCCCCCUGCCGGAUGUUUUCCCAUGGCACUGUGAUUGAGUUCUUCUGCGAUGAGCGCUUCAUCCUCAGUGGCGACUACAACUACCUGACCUGUCAGGAUGGACAGUGGGACGGCCCCAUGCAGAUCAGUUGUGUUAGCCAAGGAUGUAUAAGACCUUCGACAGUGCAGCAUGGCAUAACUAACCUGACGGACACCAAUAGGAGCUUGUUCCCUGUGGGCACAUUGCUGCAGUACACCUGUGACCCCGGUUACCUGCCCGACGGACCCAGCAUCCUCUCCUGCUCCACACUGGGCCGCUGGACCUCUGAACCUCCACGCUGUAUACGCAGUGACGGAUGCAUAAGACCCUCCACCGUGCAGCAUGGCUCAACCAAUCUGACUGAUACCAACAGGAGCUCGUUCCCUGUGGGAACCGUACUGGAGUACCUCUGUGACCCCGGUUACCUGCCCGACGGACCCAGCAUCCUCACCUGCUCCACACUGGGACACUGGUCCUCUGAACCUCCCCGCUGUAUACGCAGUGACGUAUGCCAGCCUCCAUUUCAGCCGGAGAAUGGGGGCUACGCCUGCCACCCUGCCCUAUGCCAAAGACUUUCUCAUGGCACUGUGAUUGAAUACUUCUGUGAGGAAGGCUAUGUUCUGAAGGGAGACUACAAAUACCUCACCUGUCAGUAUGGAGAGUGGGACAGCCAAAUGAAGCUCAGCUGCCUCAUGGAGCAAGACCGCAAUCCAACUCUACCAUUGGGGAUGCCCGCCUUGUCCAUAGUGGCAUCAACAGCCAGCUCAGUGGCCCUAAUCCUGCUCCUGGUGGUGCUGUUUGUGCUGUUACAGCCCAAACUCAAGUCCCUCCAUCGACGUGAUCAGGGCGUGACGGGCCAGCCUGUGUCGAUCAUGGUGGAAGGAGUCCCGGUGCCUCUGCCCUCGUACGAGGAGGCUGUGAAUGCUUGCGGGGCCUCGGCCUCCCCUCUCAGCGCCGAGUCCCGGGUCCAGAUCGUGCUGUCUGAGGGUCAGCAUGCCACAGCGCCAGAGGCCGGCCCCUCUCGGCCUUCGUCCCUCAAACUGCAGCAGUCUGAGAUGGCUGUCGUGCACCCUGUGCCACCCUCCUCAUCCUCCUCCUCACCCUCCUCCUCUACCUGGGUUCUAGAGCGUGCCGGUGCUGCCGCUCCUUCAUCCUCACAAAGAAGGCCGUCUGCAGGCAGCGACCAACACAGCCUGUCUCUGGACUCUGAGAUGGACUACGCUGAUGAUAUGCCAUUGCUGAAGGAGGCCUGAAAACUGCAGCAGCCUUUGGACUCCCCGAGACAACCAGCAUUGCGACUGACCUGUCCUGGUGAGCGGGAUGCCUCUCGAGAGUUUGUCCACACAGCUGUCAACACAGAUGAGGCUCUGAGUGAAGCUGUGGGUUACUCAGAAUAGUUCCUCGGUCCAUCCCAGAGGAGAACAGAGAAGGGAUUCACAUGUACAUACACGCUUCAAGUGUUUCAUUGGAAUUCCUACACAAUGUAUGUCUGUCCAAUGUCUGACGCUCAGUUUGAAAAUGUAAAAACGAAAAGAACAGGCACAGGAAUGUGUCUUAAAGGCUGUUUGGGGGACGGGUUACAUGACUGAUGUGUUUAGGUUGAAUGGGAAAAGCUGCAAACUCAUUUUGAGAGCUGAUGACCUCUUACGUGUCUUGGUCACCGUUACUUUUCUUUCACCACAUAUCGCACCGUUUGAGACGCACAUUGGCCGAGAUGCAUGAAGUCCAGGUCGUCUAGGUUGUUGUCCAAGCCAUGCACACUUACAGGAUUGUCCUCGAAGGUUUGUGUGGUUCUAAAUAAUUAGUUACGCUGUUGUUAAUCAUGGUUCAGUUCAUUCCCGAUGACACUAGAGUUUGAGGCUGAGGGUCCCGUUGCCGUGUUUGUCUUUGGACUGAGGGCAAACCUCUUCAGAGACCAGUUGAUUCAGGCCUGCAUUUGAUACGUUUCACUCGGUUUGUGUUCAGAUGUAUUCUCUUCAUACCCGUGUCCUCAAUGGCCUUAGCUUUCCACUUCUAUGCACAGGUAUCUAUAAUAUGUAAAAUAGGGAGUUUUAAAACUGAAUGUCGGUUCAAAGCCUUCACCGCUUGGUGAUUAUUAAGUGUGGCUUUGUCAGACACAUCACUUGUACACUAGAAAAUAUUAUUCUCUUAAUUUAUUCAGGCUGCUUGUACAUUGUAAAAUAAGUGUCAUGUUUUAUGUGUAAAUGGGGAACUGAGAUGUUUAUUUAAUUGACUUGUGACCAGACCGCUGUUGAUCAGCCAUGGCUUCUUUUGAUGCUUCCAUAACUCUUGGGAACUUAAGAAAGAAAAAAAAAGUAUGUCUUUUCACUUGGGCGCUUCAGUUUAGGUUCGACUGCAGCCACGUUAUGUGUGUGACACUGUAAAUAUGGCUGGGAAGCUCCAAUACAAACAUGAGUACGUGUACAGAUGAGUGUAAUGUCUUUGUUCACUUUGUUUCACCCCCCAUUUAAUCUGCUUUUAGACUGAGGAAGGGAUUUGUGUUUUUGUGAAGAUGUUUUUUUUAAUAUAUGUCAAAAGUGUUUUGUUAAGUUUAGUCUGUAUAUUACAUCCCCCCAUUUUUAUUAAAUAUUAUUUAACGUG